AUUGACAGGAACAUGUCGCUGAACUCUGAUGCUGACUCUGGGAGGAGCUAGCAGGCUAAUGGCGUCGCGAAGGCCUAAGUCCCCUCCGUCACCUAUGUCGCGGUUUUCGCGGUUCCAGUGUGGAUUUGACCCUACAGAGCUCAUUCUCUGACCGGCUGCGGUUCUCCCGUCCCCGCGGCCGCCCCUGUCAGCCGCCACCGUUCACACCUCGGCUGGAGUGCGGGCGCCGCACCAGGCCUCGGCCUCAGGAUCCCUCCGCCAUCUUCCUUCCUACAGAACAAUUUACUGGUGGCAGACUGUUACACCGUGACCCGGAUCGUCCAUGCGUCUGUCACCUCCUGCGGGGAGAUAAACAGGAGGCUCCCAGCACCAUCUGACGGAGCAACAUGGCAUCUGUGCCCGUCUACUGCCUGUGCCGUCUGCCCUAUGACGUGACCCGCUUUAUGAUCGAAUGUGAUGUCUGCCAAGACUGGUUCCAUGGCAGCUGUGUCGGCGUGGAGGAGGAGAAGGCCUCAGAGAUCGACCUGUAUCAUUGUCCGAACUGCCAGAUCACCCAUGGGCCGUCAGUCAUGAAGAAAAGACGAGGAACAAUAAAGCAAGACCCUUGUAUAAGCAAAGACGUGGGGAAGCCUGUGCAGACCGGCAGCGCCAGCUUUAUUAAGGAACUAAGAAGCAGGAACUUCCCAAGUGCGGAUGAGGUGAUCCUAAAGCCGCAGGGAGCUCAGCUAACCGUGGAGUACUUGGAGGAGAACAGUUUUAGCGUCCCGAUCCUUGUUCUGAAAAAAGACGGACUCGGGAUGACCCUUCCCCCUCCCUCCUUCACAGUGAAUGAUGUGGAGUACUAUGUAGGGCCAGAGAAAGAGAUUGAUGUCAUUGAUGUGACAAGACAAGCCGACAUGAAGAUGAAGCUGAAGGAUUUUGUGAAAUAUUACAAUGGCCCCAAAAGGGAGAAAGUGCUGAAUGUUAUCAGCUUGGAGUUCUCAGAGACAAGAUUAUCUAACCUUGUGGAAACUCCGAAAAUUGUCCGCAAACUUUCCUGGGUUGAAAACCUGUGGCCCGAGCAGAGUGUUUUCGAGAGACCGAAUGUUCAAAAAUACUGCCUGAUGGGCGUCAAGGACAGCUACACGGAUUUCCACAUAGACUUUGGGGGCACUUCUGUCUGGUACCAUGUGUUAAAGGGAGAGAAGAUUUUCUACCUGAUCCAACCUACUAAGACUAACCUGGCCUUGUUCGAGUGUUGGAGCAGCUCCUCCAACCAGAAUGAAAUGUUCUUUGGCGAUCAGGUGGACAAGUGUUACCGGUGUUCAGUCAAACAGGGGCAGACGCUCUUCAUCCCCACAGGGUGGAUCCAUGGAGUGCUUACUCCAGUGGACUGUUUGGCUUUUGGUGGAAACUUUCUGCAUAGUCUGAACAUUGCCAUGCAGCUCAGAGCGUAUGAAAUCGAGAAGAGGCUGAGUACGGCGGACCUCUUCAAGUUUCCGAAUUUUGAGUCAAUUUGUUGGUAUGUGGGGAAACACUUACUGGAUACAUUUAGAGGUCUAAGAGAAAACAGAAGACACCCAGCCUCUUAUUUACUGCAUGGAGCCAAAGCCCUGAACACUGCGUUCAAAGUUUGGACCAAGAAGGAGGCGAUUAUGGAUCAUGAGGAGGAGAUUCCAGAGACCAUCAUUACUGUUCAGCUCAUAAAGGAUUUGGAUCGUGAAGUUAAACUAAUGGAGGAUAUUUUCCAUCAAAACAUUGAGAAAGCUGGCAGUCUGUUGGGUAUGGCUCGAAGUCCUAUCACUGGCGCGUCCUCUCCUGUCAUGUCACUGCUGGCCAAGAAUUCCAAGAGGAAAUGUCUCAAAACGAAGGAACUGUUAAAGAAAGGAGGAAGGAGCCUUCAGGAUGACAUGAGCCCGGAGAUGUCUGACAUGACGGGGAAAACCCUGAUUCCCAAGGCAGAAGAUGACCUCAUGGAUGAACUUGACGAAAAGCCAGAUUCCUGCCUCUUGGAUUCAGAAUUAACCGAGAGUAAACUGCGACUGGUACUGGCCAAUGGGACGAACAUGAGUGGCAAAAAGAUUCGCGUAGGAGCAGGAAGUCGGCGACAAGGGGCCGUCACAAAAACCCCUAAAAGUGAAAUUCUGGAUCCAGAACUUUCCCCCAGUGAUCCUUUCUUCAUGGACUCUGAAGAUGACCUUCAGAUUGAUGAGACGCCACGAAAAGAGAGAAAGCUGCCCCCACCAAAACGGAAGCUCCACAAGUUCCCAAGGAAACUCCCGAGAGCAAAGCCCUGUUCAGACCCCAACCGAGUGAGGGAGCCCGGAGAGCUGGAGUUUGAUGUGGAGGAAGAUUAUACCACGGAUGAGGAAAUGGGAGAAGCUGACGGAGACCAACUUGGCGCCAGCAGUGGAGGAAUACUGGACCUUCUGAAGGCGAGUCGGCAGGUCGGAGGCCCAGACUACUCUGAAAUCGAUGAAGCUCCGGCAUCUCCCAGCACCCAAGAAGCCAUCCAGGGCAUGCUCUGCAUGGCAAAUCUACAAGCCGCCUCCUCCUCCUGUACCCCCUCCAGUCUGCAGGCUUGGUGGGCAGCAGGGCAGGAGGGUGGUGCUUCAGGAGGUAUACCGCCGGGUGGGGGCAAAUCUGCAGGGAGUAACAAGGCCGGCAGCAACGGAACGGGAAACAGUAAAGUUAUUCUGAGGCCCGGAAAACGGCCGGUGAGACGCCCGGCACAUCGCAGCAUGGACAGUGAGGAUGAGGACGACAGCGCGGACGAGCAGGAGACCCUGGGAGCGUGCUUCAAAGACUCCGAAUACAUUUAUCCUUCUCUGGAGUCAGAUGAUGAUGACCCGGCCCUCAAGUCACGUCCCAAGAAAAAGAGACAGACAGACGACGCUCCUUGGAACCCGAAAGCGCGUGUUACUCCAACGCUUCCUAAACAGGUUCGGCCGGUGCGGGAGGGGACACGAGUGGCCUCAGUGGAGACGGGCCUGGCGGUGGCUGCAGCGAGGCUUUCUCAGCAGGAGCAACAGAAAUCUCAGAAGAAAAAAGUUGCAAGUAAGAAGAAGCCGCCAAGUGAACCCGAGCCCCCAGUUAUCCCAUCCGAACCAGAACCUGCUCCACCAGAACCACAGGUUGAGGUCUUCUCUGGCAGUCUUGUGGACCAUGAAUACACAGCAGGACCCAAUAUAUUUGGGAUGGCCCAGGUCAACCGAGGCACUACCCCCAUGGCACCAGGUGUCUUCCUAUCGCACCGGCGGCUUUCUGCUACCUCUCCAACAAGUCAAGUCGUUCAGGGGAAGAGACCCAAGAAAGGUUUGGCCACAGCAAAACAGCGUCUGGGCAAGAUCUUAAAAAUCCACAGGAAUGGUAAACUGCUUCUGCUGUGACCUUCUUCUUCCUCCCUCUACGCUCUCACUUGACCCUCCGGUUGAAUAGACUUUUAGUAGGGGCCAUUGGACAAAAGCCCUCAGAGAGAAAGCACAGCUGCCCCACCCCCGGCUCUGUGCCCCACACUUAUUUUUUUUAAGAACUGAAUAUAAACAUUACACAUUUUACAGAGAAACAAACCAAAAAGGCAGGCUGGACAAAGACCCCCCCCCCUCCAGCAGGUAAAAGACAAAAUGUGACGUCAGUCAUGUGACCUCCUUGUUCAUGUUAGGACAUUUAAACAUGGAGCGCGGAUUAAUUGAAAGGUACGGACACUCAGCUGUGACACCUUUCUAAGGCCAUGGAGACAUUUGUCGUAACCAAAGGGGUAGUAGAACGAGAACAAAAAAAAAACAAUAUUUAUCUCUACCCACCCUUACUACGUCUCCUGUCUCUGGUUCACCCACCGGCGAUGUCGGUAAAAUCAGGAUUUUAGGAUAUUUUUUCAACACAAUUGUAUUAUACUGAGCACUUGUCCUUGAACGACCUGGCUGUUGUGAGCGCCGGAAUCGGUCCAUACGUGCGCGCGUUUGUUGCCGGGGCACCAGACGGAUCCGGAUCUCAUGCCAUUAUUGGCUUUUAAACAAAUGGAUAAGAUUGAGGAAGGAACUCCGCAUCUGUUUCUUACCUCGAUCUAUACCGGAGGAUGUUAAAUGCGGAGUUCUCCCCCAAAGGUCCCUCCUUGUCCAUCCUGCCUUCCGCAUUACAUAGAAGAUAUUUUCUCUUUAUACAGAAGCUGUAAUGACGAACUGAUUAGAGAACGUGGGUCUGGUUAAAAGGGAACUCUUACAGCGGGUUAGUUUUGUUACCACACUCCGGACCCUCGCCCAACUUUCUGUUCCUUAUCUGGAGGAAAGAAGAGAGAAUUUACUCCUGUUUUCACAUUUUUCGGAAGGGGUAAAUGCGAACAAGAUCCGGGAUGAGACGGCUACAUCCGUGGAAACAGGCAUCUGUGUCGGGAUUUUUUUUUUUUUUAAAUCUGAAACGUGUUUAGUGACGUUUGCAGUGCAGUAAUACCAUAUAGGUUGGCUGGCGCAGGUCUAGGGCCGUGUUUCCCAACUAGGGUGUCUCCAGCUGAUGCAAAACUACAACUCCCGUCAUGCCCAGACAGCCUUCGGCUGUCCGGGCAUGCUUGGAGUUGUAGUUUUGCAACAGCAGGAGGCACCCUGGUUUGGAAACGCUGGCCUAGGUUUAUGCCACGUUACAUAUCUGCACCAGAACACAAAGGUCGCUUGUCUUUUGAAGAGUGUGAAGAGGUUGGGGCUCUCAGUGCAGCAUCUUUGGCUUGGUUUACUUACCAAAUUUUUCGUUUCCUGGAGUCCGUAGGCAGCACAAGAACAAAUAGCCUGUGCUGCUGAAGGACGAUCAGGGAAAAAGGUUUAUUGAGGGAAAUACUUGACUCUCCGAUCAUUAAAAGUAUGAUGUUAAAGGGGUUUUCCAGCAAAAGAAACAACCUGUGUAUGGUGUCAGUCACACUUUCUGAAAACAGAGCUCCUGUCAUUGCUUCCCCCUCCUCUCCUGUCUGCUGAGAACCAGACCAGAUAAGAGGGGGAGCUCAUAUUACUGCUCAAUUUUAAUGGCAGUAGGAAGCCUUUCUUAGAUAAGACAGCAGGGUGCCUAUUCUGAGACAAACUACUGUGACUUAGACAGGCUUUCUGCUGCCUUAGCUCUGAUCAGUAAUAUAAGCUCCCCUUCUUGACAUCACUGGUCUGGUUUUGAGCAGACAGGAUGGGAGAGGAUAGCAGGGACGGGGGCUCUGCAUUGUCCAGGGCUGGUGGUCGCUAAAAGGGAUUCUAAAGGACAGUAUAUAGCUCUAUAACAUUGUGCUCCAAACUGUGGACCUCCAAAACAACAACUCCCAGCAUGCCCGGACUACAUGUAACUACAGUAUCUUUCUUGUAAAUAGUGUUUGGAUACUUUUAUAUUUAAUUGGGACAACCCCUAUGAAGGAAUAGGACAAAAAAAAAAAAAAUAAUAUAUAUAUAUAUAUAUAUAUAUAUAUAUAUAUAUAUAUAUAUAUAUGUAUACACACACACAGUGGGGCAAAAAAAAGUAUUUAGUCAGCCACCAAUUGUGUAAGUUCUCCCACUUAAAAAGAUGAGAGGCUGUAAUUUCCAUCAUAGGUUAUAACCUCAACUAUGAGAGACAGAAUGAGAAAAAAAAAUCCAUAAAAUUACAUUGUCUGAUUUUUAAAUAAUUUAUUUGCAAAUUAUGGUGGAAAAUAAGUAUUUGGUCAAUAACAAAAGUUCAUCUCAAUACUUUGUUAUAUUCCCUUUGUCGGCAAUGACAGAGGUCAAACGUUUUCUGUAAGUCUUCACAAGGUUUUCACAGACUGUUGCUGGUAUUUUGGCCCAUUCCUCCAUGCUGAUCUCCUCUAGAGCAGUGAUGUUUUGGGGGUGUCUCUUGGUAACACAGACUUUCAACUCCCUCCAAAGGUUUUCUAUGGGGUUGAGAUCUGGAGACUGGCUAGGCCACUCCAGGACCUUGAAAUACUUUUUACGAAGCCACUCUUUUUUUGUUGCCCGGGAGGUGUGUUUGGGAUCAUUGUCAUGCUGAAAGACCCAGCCACGCUUCAUCUGUAAUGCCCUUGCGGAUGGAAGGAGGUUUACACUGAAAAUCUCACCAUACAUGGCCCCAUCCAUUCUUUCCUUUACACAGAUCAGUCGUCCUGGUCCCAUUGCAGAAAAACAGCCCCAAAGCAUGAUGUUUCCUCCCCCCAUGCUUCACAGUAGGUAUGGUGUUCUUUGGAUGCAACUCAGCAUUCUUUCUCCUCCAAGCACAACGAGUUGAGUUUUUACCAAAAAGUUCUACUUUGGUUUCAUCUGACCAUAUGACAUUCUCCCAAUACUCUUCUGGAUCAUCCAAAUGCUUUCUAGCAAACUUCAGACGGGCCCAGACAUGUACUGGCUUAAGCAGGGGGACACGUCUGGCACUGCAUGAUUUGAGUUCCUGGUGUUGUAGUGUGUUACUGAUGGUAGCCUUUGUUACUUUGGUCCCAGCUCUCUGCAGGUCAUUCACUAGGUCCCCCCAUGUGGUUCUGGGAUUUUUGCUCACUGUUCUGAUCAUUUUGACACCACAGGGUGAGAUCUUUGCUCACCAUUCUUGUGAUCAUUUUGACACCACGGGGUGAGAUCUUGCGUGGAGCCCCAGAUCAAGGGAGAUUAUCAGUGGUCUUGUAUGUCUUCCAUUCUCUAAUAAUUGCUCCCACAGUUGAUUUAUUCACACCAAGCUACUUGCCUAUUGCAGAUUCAGUCUUCCCAGCCUGGUGCAGGUCUACAAUUUUGUUUCUGGUGUCCUUCGACAGCUCUUUGCUCUUGGCCAUAGUGGAGUUUGGAGUGUGACUGUUUGAGGUGUAUACAGGUGUCUUUUAUACUGAUAACAAGUUCAAACAGACGCCAUUAAUACAGGUAACGAAUGGAGGACAGAGGAGACUCUUAAAGAAGAAGUUACAGGUCUGUGAGGGCCAGAAAUCUUGCUUGUUUGUUGUUGACCAAAUACUUAUUUUCCACCAUAAUUUGCAAAGAAAUUCUUUAAAAAUCAGAAAAUGUGAUUUUAUGGAUUUCGUUUUCUCAUUCUGUCCCUGUGUUUAAAAAAAAAAAAAAAUUGUGAUGAAGGAUAAAAAAAACUACUAAUUCUAAUUCUUAAAAAUUAAGAAUCAUAUUAGAUUUUUUUAAAAUAGUUUUUUUUGUUUUUUUAAUCAUUCAGAGCUAACACCAAGUCUUGGUUUUUCAGCUUUAUCAUUACUCAAGUCAUUGGGACUGAGCUGCCAUUCCAGAGACAGCCUACCAACCAGGAUGGCGCUGUUGGCACCAUUGACCUUAUUUUAACCCCCUUCUGUCUGCCAAGUGACUUUACAGUCGUUCACCCUGCCCGUUUUGCUGCACUGACCGCCCGUCCCUUUCAUCCAUAUCCGCUUCGUAGAUUUAAUACCAGAGACUCCUUAUUUUUCCACAUGUUUUUUUUAAUAACACAUGAAUGGCUCAGGACGAACACACAAUAAUAACAAAACCGCAACUCAAACUAAAUAAACUCUACCAGCCAAGGGAAUGAGGUUUUACGCAGUUUGUACAGUUUUGUUUUGUUAUUUUAUUUUUUUUAACAGAACAUAAAGCAAAAAAAAAAACUAAAUAAAAAAAAACACAAAACAAAACACCGCCGCACCAUUGCAGAUGUGUGAAUAAAGUUCUCACCGUGUUGGCGCAUCGGCUUCAUAUUGUCAGGCAGCCGCGUACGAAGCGUUUCCUACGUCCAGGUUUCUGUUUACGAUUUGUAAUUUAUAUAUUUUUUUAGACUGUCUGGUUUUCCCCCCUAAGUAGCUAUAAAAGAAUACGGCUGC